AUGGCAGCAGCAUCCAGCAUUUCAGCCAUAAAAGUAGACACGCCACGAGUUGCGUCGUCUCCGGCUCCAACACGUGCCAAAAUUCCGUCACGCACCGAAAUCACGGCUUCGUCGCACGCGACGAAGCUUCCCAGUUGUGCCAUUAAAACAGCACAGCCCACCGAUCGAAUAAACGUGCUUUUACCUCCCAUAUUCGGACCCGAAAUCCGACCCUCGGAAGCCGGAAGUAUCUUCGGCCUAACAUACGGGAUUGGCACUGAUGUCGCAGCUGCUGCAAAAGCGCACAAAAUGUCCAAUUCUGCCGUGAUGUCGUUAAUUGCUUGCAUGGUGUCGAGAUCUUCAUCAACCCCAGUUUUGAUGACGAAUUCCCCAUUGGCAGCCUUGUCCAAAUCCACAGAAAACUCGAUCAUCUGCAACAACUUGGACGUGCCGACAAACUGCUGUUGCAGGGGUUGCACAAACAUGGCGUCGAUCGUGGAAAUAUGCGUCCCUUGGAUGUGCGCCACUUUGGCGAUCGCCGCUGGAUUUCCUCAAGCUCCGCAAAAACCACAGCUGCCACAGCCUCCUCCUGCACUGAGAGACAGCAAAUCUUACCUGAACCCCUUCGUACCCACUCUGACCUACUCUUUGCCAUACAACUUCCAAUACUCGGCUCCUCACUACGUCUUCCCACUUCCGGAUUCCAUCAAAUCAUCCGAGGUCAAGAAACCUGGCCCAGAAAAAGUGGAAAACCCAGUUGAAUAUACCGAAAAGCCCAAAGAAGAGAAGAAGGAAGAAUUCGUGAAUUUCGUCAAAUACGCUCAUCCAGUGUAUCCCCAGUUUUACCGCUUUCCAAAUUCUCCGGUUUACAGCCCUGUCUUUCCUUUCCCAGCAGCCCCAUACCGUUUUUUCGAUUUUUGAAUUGAAACAAUAACAAAAAAGACAUGGUGUCACAGCUCAAAAUCCUCAAAACCCGAUGAUCAAUAAAACAAUCCCAUUCUCUACAACAAACA